AUGACAUUGCUACAUGGCACGCCAAAGAUCACCUGCAAGCAAGCCUGUGACGGGCUCCGCAGUUCCAGGGACAAAGGCCGCAAAGCGCUGCCUAAAACCAAUUGGAUGGCCGUCAUGACCAGUGCCUGCAAGGAAUGCCCGAUCCUCCAGCUGAGCGGUGAUGAGCUGCACGUGGCCAGAAUUCCAGAUGAUGCUGGCCUCCGUGUCCAGUACCACAACCAUUUGAUGACAUUGUGCGGCCUCACGCUGCGUGAGCUGGUGGGUUCCAUGACGCAGGCAGUGGAGAAAGCAAAGCAAGCUGCUGUCAAACAUGCUGCGAAGCGCCGCAAGAAGGGGGAGAAUCAUGACAUGAAAGUGGUCAAGCACCGCGUGCGAGGUGACUCUGAAGGUUCUGUGAGCAAGGCUUUGCUGGAAGAGUACUUCAACAGGGCCGGUCGGGCACGGCAGAAGCGGAAAAAAAGCCGCCUGCAACCAUUACCAGCUGAAGCCGAAGACGAAGGCAGCUUGCCAACUUUACUCCUUCCGGACUCCUCGCCGGAAGAUUUGCAAGCAGUCACGUGCGCCACACACAAAGAAGACAGAUCUGAUGUGAUGUUGGCAAAAACAGCUGGAAUUCUCUGUGUCUGUCUCUCCUCGGGAAUCAUCAUGCUCAUGCAAGAGGUUUGCGGGAGCGAAUCCUUGCCUCAAAGGUAUUUCUGUCUGGCCGCCGCCAAGGCAGCAGUUCCUGAGGCAGUGCUCUUGGUUCACGAUGACAGCUGCCACCUCUACAAGUAUUGCUUGAAAAGGAAGGAGGCCGGGUGGCGAAGUUGA